AUGCUUGCAAAAGAGUUUUUCAUCCCUUUACUCUUAGGGGAAAGAAGAGAAAGGGGAACAGGAAGCUCCCUGUUGCAGUACCAUUUUGCCUUCCCUAGAGCCUCUUCAUCUCCCAGUCUGGGCGAGUGUCUGCCCUCUCUGCCUGCCCAGGAAGCCUGGGGGGCUGCCAGCAGCACCCUGCAGAACAGGGUAGCUCCCUGUGCCGUGAGGGAGGGCUCUGAGGGUGACCCUUUUAACAUAGCUGUUAUCUUCUGCUUAGAUUCUCCAAGUAUUAUGGAUAUUUCAAUAACCUUAGAACCAGAAGAGAAAAAACCAAAUGUUAAUCACGUGCCAGACUAUAUCAACGAUAUCCACACGUACCUUAGGGAAAUGGAGGUGAAAUGCAAACCUAAAAUAGGUUACAUGAAGAAGCAACCUGAUAUCACAAACAACAUGCGAGCUAUUCUUGUGGACUGGCUGGUGGAAGUUGGAGAAGAAUACAAAUUACAGAAUGAAACCCUGCACUUAGCUGUAAAUUACAUUGACAGGUUUCUUUCUUCAAUGUCUGUUUUGAGAGGAAAACUACAGCUUGUGGGUACUGCAGCUAUGCUGCUUGCAUCAAAGUUUGAAGAAAUCUACCCUCCUGAAGUAGCAGAGUUUGUCUACAUCACAGAUGACACCUAUACCAAGAAGCAGGUUUUAAGGAUGGAGCACUUAAUUUUGAAGGUUUUGUCCUUUGACUUGGCAGCUCCAACAAUCAACCAGUUCCUCACUCAGUAUUUCCUACAUGAGCAGACAAAUGCUAAAGUGGAGAGCCUAUCACUGUACCUUGGGGAGCUGAGUCUAAUUGAUGCUGAUCCUUUCCUGAAAUACUUGCCCUCAGUUACUGCUGCUGCAGCAUUUCUUCUAGCAGGCUACACGAUCACUGGACAAACUUGGCCUGAAUCCCUGUGCAAAGUAACGGGCUACACCCUUGAAGACAUCAAGCCUUGCCUCAUGGACCUACACGAGACCUACCUCAAAGCAGCACAGCACACACAACAGUCCAUAAGGGAAAAGUACAAGAGUACAAAGUACCAUGGAGUAUCGCUUAUUGACCCACCAGAGACACUAAACUUAUUGUAAUAAUCAAGAGACUGAUCUUUUUAAAAGAUGUAUAUUACAAGAAAACAAUGUACAGUUUUAAACAUGAUUCAAAAUUCUAGAUGUGAUCACUCAGAAUAUUAAUAUAGGUUUUAGUGAGCUUAACUAUGAAAUUAGUUUUAUGUGGUUUUAAUGUAAAUCUUUUGUACAUGCAACUUAUUAAAAUAUUUAGCUGGGUUUUUAUAAAAAUGGUCUCUCUGAGCAUGGAAUUAACCAUGCAGACCCCAUGAAACCUGAGACUGCUUAUCUAAUUAUAGAAUAAACACAAAUAUUAGCAGUGCAUUAUUAUAGUAGGGCUUUUUCUCCUUCCAAAUAAGCAUGACUUGGGCUCCAGAGCACUAUUUGUAGCAUUUUUUAUACUGUCUAGUUUAAACUGAGACUUAGCAUAGAUCCAAAAUGUGGCUUAAUGGCCAAUACUGGAAGAAACUGUAACUGUGAGAACACCUUGCUGGAAUUGACUCUCGUGAGGCUCUUGAGGCUGUGCUAGCUCCUGGAAGCCUGGAUUGCCAUGUACUGUAUUGCACUGCCAGAUCUCCGUCAGGUUAAAGGUUGAACGCUCUGCUGCAGGGACUGCGCGGCUAAAAUGAGUACACCAGUCUGUACUUCUCUCUUCCGGCACGGAGAAAAUGGUCUUGCUAUAGGUAUUUUCUAGUCAAAGUGUAAAACUGAUACCAAUUUCAUGGAACCAUGGAGUUCCCACUUGUGUUAGCUGUCCCGAAAGCCCAUUGCUAUCUCCUAAAAAAUAAUUAGUCAUCAGUCUGCUUACCUAGUACCUCUUUAGGGAUGGAUGGUGGAGGGAUUAAACUGCAGAAGGGUGAAUUACUGCUCUGUGCCCUUAAGAGGAGGGAAUGUCUUCUGGCACAGAUGGGCUAUGUGCAGAAUGGUAUGGAUUCUGUACAUCCCUCUUGCUUGGAAAGGCUUCCUCCGUGGCACGCAGCAAAAAUGUAGGCCAACUGGUCUUAUUUUUCCUUAGUUCUAGAACCAUUGCAUGAGCAAAUUAGCACAUAAUCGCAUUAGAUCAUGUAGAAGUUUACCUUCAACCUAUGUAAAUAGGGUGAUGCUGCCCUGUACCUGCUGUUCUUUGCAUGUAAAAGAGCAAGUGCAUGGAUGUGGGUUUAAUUAACCCAUUUCCGGACUGGCUAAUAAAACAAUUUUUACACCUGAUGUUAGUGGUCUUGCCAAUACCUUAAAACCACCGAGGGGUAGUACUACCAUCUUCAACUGGCAUUUGUUUCUAAAGCUUUUUGGCAAGGGCUGCCCUGUGAAACCUGAGCUGCUUCAACCUGGACGUUGAUACACCACUGUCCAUCUGGCUGUCUGGACACCCAGCAGGUAGCAGUAUAAAAUCUUCAGAGAUGUUGAACAGCUAUUAUGGUGCUGGCUACUUAAAAUGAAUUUCUAAAAGAUCAGCCCUCUGUCAAGCUGACAUGCAUGUAUUAGACAACUCCCAUUUUUGGCUCAGUAACUAAGAUCUUGCUGUUCUGCCUCCACCUCUGCUCUGCAGCCUGAGUCCUCCAUGACCUCAGUUACAGAACUGAUGGAGUUGAGCAGUGGUGGCUUAUCCAGUCAACAAAAGUAUGCAGCAGAGGCUGCCUUGUUGUGGCCAAUCUGAGCUUUUUAGGAUGCACUUUGACUUUUGUACAGUUCAUCAAACAUUAGUAAAUGUAUUUCAUUAGUCUACCAUGUUAUCCAAUAGCCUUUAUUUAGCUGAACUUCAGUAGGUUGCUACCAAAAACCUAAAGCUAGUUGGGGGGAAAAAAACUGCACAAUGCAUCAUGUCUGGUGCAUGGGAAUGCUCUACCCUUGCAGGAGAGGGAGUCUGUAUGUACAGCAACGCGUUUGCCACACUUGUGCCAUCCGUUCGUGACCUUGGAAAAGAAACUCCAAAUGCUGACUGGCAGUUCUUUAAGACAAUAGAGCACAGCACUCUUCCUGAGAAACUGGGUUCUGCCUUCCCCUUCUUUUUUAUUGGCGUAUGCUGGAAACUUUCCAAGACCACUGACAAAUAGGCACAGUGAAAGAGGAGUAAUUCAAAGGAAGCUUAUAAAUUAUGUUCCCCAGAAAAAAGCAAGUAGCAGUAUUUAAGUGAAAGGACUUCAGUGGUUUAUAGUAUUAAUUUACUGCUUAAAGAAAUGUCUCGCUCGAUUUUCAAUAGUUCUGUUACUGUUCCCGCAGCACAGAAAAAAAUUCUUUGCUGCCUGAGCUGUAUUUUCAACAUACUGAUAGAACUUCCCUACAGCCUAAAGAACCUGCUUGUUGUGGGCUGGCAGCUCUGCCCAGCAUGGCUGUGUUCCUCCUUCCUCACUGGCAGCUCCUGCUGCUGUCAUCACUAUCAUUUUUUUCCAUCUUCUCAUUUCCUGAAGUUAAUAUGGGACAAUUCCAGCUCUGGGUACCAAGCUUUGACAAACUAUCCCCCAUUGUUUUGCAUAUCCAGUUUGACUUCCAGUCAUUUCAAAAUAAACCCUUGAAGGACUGCAGGGUAUGAGAUUGUGUGUGUGACAAGAGGAGGAGCAGCUCAAAGAAUGUUCUUUUCCUGAAGAAGUUUUAAGGUCUCAUGGUACUGUGGAAGUAAGAAGAAACUGAAUCUUCACUCACUCCUGUAUUCCCAACAGUGACUUUCGGUUAUACGAACUGACACUAAGGAAAGGUGCUGGCUUAGCUUCUAGAGGAAUGGGGCCUUUGGUGUCUGUCCCUUUCUGAAAGACCACAACUUGAUUAAAGCUUUGCUUGGCUGGGAGCAACUUUUUUUUUUUUUUUUUUAAUGAUUCUAAACCUGAUUUGGGGAAUGUAAUACCUGCAACAGGAACUUCUCUCCUGGUCAUAUUUCAUGAAAUACUAUGGUCACAUGUAAAAUAGCUCUACUUUGCUCUUGUAAAUAUGUGCAUGUUUCCAAUUUGACUUGGUUUUUAACAAAGAUUAUUUUGGAGAACUCUUCCUAUCUUCAUUUUGUCUGAUUCUAAAUUCCUAUUUGAAGACAAUUCAAGAAACAUUCCUGUCUGCUGCAAUAUUUAAUUAAACAUUUUCAGAAACUCCAUUGCUGAAGUAUGAGUUGCUUCUCUAUGAAAGUUGUGCAGAAGUUCUGUGCUGGUUUAAGUAUGUGCAUUUCUGUUAUUUUUAUAAAAAGCUGUUUCAGUGAAAGGUGAGGUGUAGAAUGAUAUGGGCAAGGUCUUAGUCACAGCACACCACUUCCCCUGUCAAAGAACACUCCAACGGUUUGAAAUGCUUCCACAGUGAGCUGAGAGCUAACUUAAUUCAAAGCAGGUUUUCCCAUCAUUGAACUUGAGCUGUAAUUCUUUUCAUCACCUGAACUCUGACUCAACCUCUGCCCUUACUGAAGUGAGCAGUGUAGUUUUGUUAAGAAAAUUCUGCAUCUUGUCUCUGCCAUUCAAGUUACAAAACUUGGGUCAGUUCAAGGUGAAGUAGUGAGUUUGCUGCUGCAGCAGGUGGCUAACCAUGAAAUUUCACUUACAUGCAAAGUUUUUUUUUAUUUAAAGCUGUACACAAUAGUUUUAUAGAACAGACAUAAAAACAGGACUAGAUAGAGGGUGGGAGGAAAUAAAAUUAUC